UGGUCAAACAUGCCGAGACUAAUUUGAUGGUCCUGAGUCAAGUCCAAAAUAAACGUGAACGACUUCGAUACUGUCGCAUUUUGGGACACUUGAUUGAUGCGGCGGCCAUUUUACCCGCUAGACGCUUCCUCUCAUUGUGGAUACGAAGAAAAUAACAAGCAAAAGCUUUCUCGUCACUUCGGUUCACUUUUUCUCGACAGCGAGGGAGGCGGGGCCACAAAGACUGGAAGCAACUGUGAAGCCCGCCCGCUUACGAACAAUCUUAAGCAGCAAUGGCCCGUACCAAGCAGACUGCCCGUAAAUCCACUGGAGGCAAAGCUCCACGUAAGCAGCUGGCCACAAAGGCUGCCCGGAAGAGCGCUCCCUCCACUGGAGGUGUGAAGAAGCCCCAUCGCUACAGGCCCGGUACUGUUGCUCUGCGUGAGAUCCGUCGUUACCAGAAGUCCACUGAACUUCUGAUCCGCAAGCUGCCAUUCCAGCGCUUGGUGAGAGAAAUUGCGCAGGACUUCAAGACGGAUCUGCGUUUCCAGAGUGCAGCCAUUGGUGCUCUGCAGGAAGCUAGCGAGGCCUACCUGGUGGGUCUGUUUGAGGACACCAACUUGUGUGCCAUCCACGCCAAGCGUGUCACCAUCAUGCCAAAAGACAUCCAACUGGCACGUCGCAUCCGUGGGGAGCGCGCGUAAAUAAAUGUCUUUGUAUUUUUCACCCGUCUGUUUGUACAGUAUAUGCUCACUUCCGCAUCCCUUUCUCUUUGUAGUAGUAUGUAGGGAAACUAUUUGUUUAAUAAUCAAGUUCAUAGUGGGUUUUUUUCUUAGUGCUCUCAGCAGAAGCCUUCCAUGGUACUCCUUUUAUGUGCAUGUAUCAACUCUUUGGUAAUGAAUGGGCACUCUCUUGUGGGGGGGGGGAAACCAUGAUGACAAGAAUACUGCCAGUAAACCUAGUGCUAAUUUAGACAGAGGAUGGGCUUCUUCUAGCUUCUUUCCAGCAGGUAAGGAGAUGAUCCUCUUCUGCUCUGAAUCACGCACCAGCCUCAGCUCCCAGGUGCGCAGAGACCUCAACACCGGUCUCGGUGGGGUUCUCUGUCCAUUCAAUGUGUCUGCAUAAGUGUUAGCUCUGAUCACCACAGAGGUCUCUACACAAUCCAUCAACAUAUCUGGAGACAAUGUUUCAAAUAUUAUAUUCUUCAUAUAUUUUCUUUCCCUCGAAUAACACUAGAUUUCUUCUCACUGCAAGAUGGUGAACAAACCUAAAUAGAUCUGAAAUAGGUUUAUAAUCAAUCCUCUUUUCCAAUAAAAACAAAAGGACCUAAACAUUUGGUUAAUGUUAUUUCUUUUUUGCUUUCCUUGAAAUGUUUUAGCCAAAGUUUGAAAGAGUCUUUCGUGCAAAUACUCUCGUAUUCUUGGCUCUUUAACAUAUAUCUUGAUGGGAGAUUUAUAUGGUUCCAUUAUGUGGCAAUUCUAUUUUUUUCUUUCUUUUUUUCAAGACAAAGUGAGAUGAAGUGUUUUUUCAAAAAAAAAUUGUUCCCCUCUCUAUCAGUUUUCCCUCUGCUUCUUUAUUUCUCCCUCCCUCCAAGUAGUUUGAUCAUCUGUCUUAUUUGUUUAGUUGUUACCCCACAACUUAAUUUUUGUGUUUCUCGUGUUCUUUUAUUGAAACAUUGGUGAUGUUUUAAUAAAGCAAUGUUUGUAAUUUCCAAAUUUGUCAAAUAAGAUGGUAAUAAAUGGAUGUUACACACGCC